AUGAAGAACCUCAAAUCUCAAAUACUAACAAUCAUCUUUAUCAUCGCCAUAAUCUCCCUAAUAUCACCAAGCCACUGUAAGAACGUGAUAGAGAAAACCUGCAAGCAAACCCCACAUUACGAUCUCUGCGUUCAAUCCCUGAAAUCCGAUCCCUCCAGCUCCGACGCAGACGUCACGGGGCUAGCUGUGAUUAUGGUGAAAGUGACAGAGGCGAAAGCAAACGGUACGAGUGAUAAAAUCAAGCAGCUGCUUGGUGGAGGAGAUUUAGAACCAAAGCAAGAGAAGGCACUUAAAUCCUGUUCUGAGAGGUACGAGGCAGUGAUUAAAUGGGAUGUUCCACAAGCUAUUGGAGCUCUGAAUGGAAACCCCAAAUUUGCAGAAGAAGCCAUGCAAGGUGCAGCAAAUGAAGCCUUUGCUUGUGAGAGCGAGUUUUCUGGCACCACAUCAUUGCUUACAAGAGAAAACCAAGCUUUCCGGGAUCUUGCGGUCGUUGCUGUUGCUAUUAUCAAGCUUUUACUUUAA